CUCGGUCGUUCAUGCCUUCUCUCGUAUAGAUAUACUCUUCUUCUCCGCUGCAGGCGUUUAUAAUUAGUACUCAACUAAUCGAUCGCUUAUCGAUUAACUUACUGCUAUCCUAGUAGUUGUCCGCUUGAUAUUGUUUCCGCUGCUUGAAUCUUGAGUAUUUGAUAAGACUCUCACAACAAGGAGGAACGAUGUCGGUCAGUCUCCUGGUUGAAGAUGCCACUGCUGAGAUCCAGCAGCAGGUUGCUGGUGAACAAGCUGCUCCUGUUGUUCCUAACGAGACUCUUUUAGGAGAAGGCGAGCAUGCUGCUGCUGCUGUUCCUCCGUCGGUGGAGGAUGUGGUCAUGGGUGUUCAGAAUGAAGAAACUGCUCCUGCUGGUGAGCAAACAACUUCUUCUGCCAAACCCGCAAUGAAGAAAAUGGGUCGUGCCAAAGCUAAGGCUGGCGCCCAGUCUGGUGCUGCUUCGUCGUCUUUGGCUGCUCCUGGUAUUGUUGCUGAGGAAGUUGAGGAAGAUGAAGAGCUGAGUCCGGCAAAAAAGCGUGCUCGCGCCAAAGCUGCCAAAGAGAUGGUACUACUUUUUUUGGUAUAUUGGAAGGUGUGCAAAAGCGUAAUUCUUCAUUUUAGGCCGGUAUAUGGGAGGUAUAUGGCGAGGUAUAUUGCAAAAGUCAGGGGGUUGGGUUUCUAUUUGAAAUUUACAAUAUACCUCGCAUAUCCCUCCAAUAACUUCGGCAUAUGCUUAGCCAUAUACCUUCGCAUAUACCUCCUAAAAUUGGUGUCUUCAAUUCACUUUUAGGCUAGUUGAUGUCUCCGAUCGUGUUUCCAUAUACCUUCCUAUAUACCAUCCAAUAUACCUAAAUUUUGUAACAAGAUCGAUGAUCGGCCUGUCUGCUUUCGAGUGGUCAGGUCGGUCUAGUUUUAGUCUUAAACAUUCAGUGUUCUCUUUCCUCCUCGAUGGGUAUACAAGUCACAAGAUUGCAACUCCUUCCUAACUUCUGACCACAGCCUCACUCACUUUUUUCUGCUAAAGAUAAGAGCUAUCAACCCCUCUCAAAUCCAUCACCACAGCAACAAGCGUGCUCGUCGCAAGUUGAAGACCCGUGCGACAUUAUCACGAUCAAGAAGGGCGGCAAUGGUCGCAACAAGAAGUCUGCGGUGAGUCUGAACUUUACCCUGGAGCAGCUUCAGCAGGUCGCCUUGAACAAGAUCACCAACAAGCAGAAAUCGGCCAAGUGGAACCUUGGCGUGAAGGAGUUCAACUUGUCGUGCGAGGCGUUUGGCGUUCGUGAGUCGGCUAACCCGAACAGUAGCUCCACGUUCAUGAAUGCGGUCGAGUACUUGGCCAUUGAGGUGAGAGCUGGCCUCGAGGAGAUGAUGAAGAAGAAAGGAAAGUCCGACACUUCCAACCUUGUCAUCAACGCAGAAACUUGGAACUUUCUCUACGACACGAUGGUCGACGAAGUGAACCGUCGCGAUGGGCAUCAUAUUCGCACUUCUUUGAAGGAGCGAAUCGACCGCAAGAUUGGAGCAGUGCAAAAAAUGGCAAGCAUCUCCGACUGGUGUUACAGCCAUGGGGUAGCAGUAGGCGCUGGUGGUUUUUCGGAGCGUCCGUUUCAGAUGGACAUCGAUCUGCUCAACGAGGAUCGCUUCAUGUCCAGUAACUUGUGCCAAGAUGAAUCUGUUGCCACUCACAACAUGGACCGCCAGACGCCGCUAUGCAGUCCGGGUGGAACUUUGUAUGCAGCUGGUCAUCCUGUUGGCCACCUAGCUGGUAGUGCUCCAGAAUUAGAAGGUGCUGAGCUUGAUGCUGGUGAAGGAGCUACUUCGUCUUCUUCUACAGCAAAUGUGGAGCCAGAUUUCUUGUCGAUGAUUUUGGCUGCUGAUGCGAAUGCGCUCAAGGAGAUGGCGAAGAACGAGACAGCAACAACUUCUACUACGAGCACGGCUACAACCGCCCGCGUUGUUCAAGCGAUUGACAUCGACAUUCAGUACAUGCUGAACUACCGCGAGGCCGAGGCCAUUUUGAAGGUGUUCCGAGGAAAGCAGGCGGAAACUGCACAGCUUUGCAAUGUCGUUGAGUGCGUCCGUGCUGGUACGAAGCACAUGACCGAUUUGGAUCUCGGUACUUAAAUUCUAUAUUUGUACUUAUGCCUAUGGUCUUCGCAUGAUCUAUCAGCAACUUCUCACUUUCAUUUAUUUGAGUAUCGAGUGCUGUUGUAGAUCCACUAUAGCGAGAUCCAAGAAUUCUCAGCCAUCUUCUUCCCUGGGAUUCUUUCACAACUAUGAACCACAGCAAACCAUCUCAAUUCUCUCACAGAUCGACACGGCGAAACCCCUUACUCCCGCCUCGCUGUUUGGUGCAAUGACCAGCUGGAAAAACGCAUGAAGAAGUCCACCCUGAAGGCCAUGAAGUUUUUCGAAGCGUACUAAUUCUUAUUAUUUUAGUUUUUAUCUGGAUGAUGAUGAUUCUACGAACUUGUUGCUUCUUAUUUUACGUCCAAAAAAUGAAAACAAUCCUUCUACUUUUUUGAAGAUGGUCGUGGUAGCUUCGAACCAGCACGCUAUCCCCAUAUCCGCACAAGGCUCGCAACAACAUCGUCCCCAUCUCCUUACUUUCAGGAACGAAGAGAUGUUUGCUGUCACUGCUCCGAAUUUGUGUGCUGCAGCGAAAAUGGUGGAGAAGGUCAAGAUGGCUGCGAAGCGUGCUGCCGAUUCUAACGAUGCGGAUUUGGAAGGACCUGAAGAUGAUCCUGAUCAUGUUGCUUUUGGCCUCGCUCUGCUACAGGAAGCUGCUGCUGCUUUGUCUUGUACCGAGAUCCCUCUCUUCGCCGCCAUGCAGACCCGUGUGAAGAAGAUGCUGGCUGACACGCAGCUGGAGGAAAACCUUGACGCGGUACUUCCCUUUGAGUACUUUUCUAGCCUGUCCGAUUUGUUACAGCGUGUUUCUUAGGUGUUUGAUAUCUCUACUUUUUCGCUAAAAUUUUGAGAAGGUUCCAAAGAAGAUGAGAGUAGGGCUGAGCUUUUUACCUGUAACAAGGAGAGAGCUUCAAAGACGUCGAUCAUCCUUUUCUCGAGUGACUCCGACCGAUGUCCGUACAUUCAUAAACUCUCUCAACAUCUUCACCCACAGGCGUUCCAGCGUUACGCCGGUGCCAGCGAGUUGGAGCGUGACAUCACUGAGUUGGAGCAGGUCCUUUCUGCUGAGCGUGCAGGUGUUCCCGAUCAGGAUUCCUUCUGGAAGGCGAUGGGCCGCAUCGCUGUCAUCUAUGAGAUCAUUCCGUCUGGGCAGAAAGUGAUGAUCUCCAUUUUGACUGGUAUCGGCGACCUGCCGCAUUGUGGCUUCACUGCCGAAGAGUUGAAGCGCGCUCGCACGAUGCGUUUGUAUGUAGAAACGCGUACUGAGGGCUGGGAGAAGCUGAAGAAUGAUUGCACUGUGGAUUGGAAUUUGUAACGUUUCUGUUAGAUCAUUUUGUCUCUUUCUCUCUUCGAAAAUUUGAGUGCGAGAGUUUCUUUGAUAUAGUUGUCUGCUCAUUUACCUGCUCUCUAUUCGUUUCCAAGACGUUAGCACUUUUCUCGGCUCUCCAUCUCUUCACUUCUGGGAUUCUUUCUUUUUCUUUUCGUUUCUAGUGAUAGAUCUUUCAUAUUACGACCUCUUUCUCCUUCGUCUCUUGUAAUGGAUUGAACUAAAAUCACAGGUUUACUGUCUCGGAGGCAUUUGGAAACUUGAUCGCUUCGAUGUUGACAGCCGACCGCGAUGAGCUCAAGGGGCUGGUCUAUGACAAGAACGAAGAGCAGCUGAACCUUCUCCGUCAGUGUGCUUCUUGCGAGUUGGAGAACUUUGACCAGGUCAGCUGGGUGUCUGGUGGUGUGAAUGACCAAGCAAAGAAACAGAUGGUGGCUCUUCUGGCUGGCACUGAUAUCGACUAUGAGGUCUUCCGUUCCAUCUACAUGAAUGCGGACGCUGAGGAGAAUUUGGUGAAGAAGCUCAUGAACAAGAUCAUCACUGAUCGCAAGAUGGAUGCAGAGAAGGCUUCCCAAUUGCUGCCCAAGCUGAAGCAGCUCUGCGAGAAUCAAGCGGGUAUAGCUUAUUUCUUUUUCGGUUUUCUUUGCCUAGGAUUGAUUCGCGUGGCAAUCAUCUUGAUCAAAGUUUUAAUGUGCAACUUCUUCAUCGGUCUUCUCUCGUCCCCCUCUCAAUAUCAUCGACCUCGUCUCUUAGGUUCUGCGACUUGCAAGAAGAUCGACGAACUGCUGGAGGGAAUUGAGUGGCUUUUGACUGAGAGCAACUGGAAUCUGUUGAAGACGUUGCGUGCCAAAAUUUUCCGGGAGAAAGCCAAGUCGGCUGCAAACGCGUCCGACAAGUAAGAUGCGAGUUUGAUACUCAAGAGCGAAGCAGUGUAAAAGCUCGCCAACGUGUUGGGCCUUUGGCCAAUGCAGACGUCUUCUAGGAGCAAAAAAGGAGACGGGUCUUGGUGUGGGGCUCGGGUUCGUCUGUUCCAAAAACAGGCGCUCUCGGUCCGCCAGGACUAAGAAAAAGCUUCUGCUUCUUCAUUAUUUUCAUGUUCUUAAUGGGUUCUUCAGUUCUUCUUUCAUAAAUUUUCGAAGUGAAUUGAUCUAAAUUUAUAUUGAGCUUUACCCUGUGAGUACGUAUCAUCAUUAUAUGAAUAAAAUAGAGCCACCAUCACCAAUCCAUCAAGUCGCGUCGCGGUUUUAUAUCGUGUUCGGGCCUCUGUUGGGACGAAAGUAAAGAAGGCAGAGGCGAAGCCUGUCAACAUCUCCGACGAAGGUCGGAAAUUUUUAACGAAAAAAUCUCUCAUCAUGCUAUAAGAAAUUUUUUUGAUAUUUAUUCUAUUUGAGUAUCUACAUAUAAAAGAUUACGAGAAUCAACAUCAUGAAUUACAUACGAAUCAGGGCACCUGGCGCGCCUCUUCGGAGGUUUUGACUGAACAAAUCCCCACAACAGCUUUUCAGGGCUUCGUCGGUUUCGGCGAAGUCCUUAUUAUUUGAACGAAGACCCAAAACAGUAAUCCCGUAUAUGAAAAUAAAGUAAUUUUAGAAUUUGUCAUGAAUGCCGACGCUUUUUGGAUCUCGAUGCACUUCCGUAGCGGUCAGCGCCUCAGCCAGUCGGGCACU